AUGCAGCAACCAGAGGCAAAUGUUCGACAGAAAGAGGAAGAGGAGCGAGUAAGAGAGAUGGAGGAGCCUCUUCAGCACAUUGAGACCAAGUCUCAGUCUACAAGAUCAAGGUCAUCAAAACGUCAAGCAGAUCCUCAACGGCGAGUUCUGCAGCCAUCAAAGAAACGUGCCAAGGAGGACUCAGCGCGUGCUCAAGUCUCCUAUGUGAAAGGAAGUUUCUGUGAUGAAACAAAAGGCAGAACUGGAGGCCAGCUUGUUGAAGCAAAAAGCUGACCUCGAUGUAAGUUUAUAUGUUCUCCAAGUUGAGAGAGCAGCUGCUGCUGCGUUGGCUGAAGCUGCAGCCUUUGAAGAAGCUUAGAGUCAGAACGCAGAGAGCUCCACAAAGAACUCAACACAGGGACACAGCCCUUAAGUCCAGUCCAACGUACUUGUGAGUAUGUGCAACAACAUGCUAGGCCCUACUUUGCUGAAAUGCCAUUUGAAGUAGAGACACAAGAGCUUAGUGUUGACCCAGCUGCACACCACAAUCCAGAAAGUAGCAAACAACGGAGCAUGAGCAGAGACUCCCGUUCAAAAGAAAUGAACAGCAGCAUGGUGGAAAGGAAAACAGGCCCACUUCCAGUCACUGACACAAAGCUUCCCUGAGUCACAAGUGGCACCAGAACUCACAAAGUACCUCCUGCACCGUGAGAUGGUGAGUUCCGGACUCCUGAAGUUUGAUGAUCGUCCUGAAAAUUAUCUAACUGGAAAGCAUAUUUUCUCAAUGCGACCAGAGACUUGAAUCUAUCAGCCAGGGAAGAGUUAGAUCUAAUUACCAAGUGGCUAGGGGCAGAAGUCGUCUGAGCAAGCAAAGAGAAUUAGAUCUGUCCAUAUUCUCAAUGCAACAGCAGGACUUAACAUGGUCUGGCAAUGACUAGAAGAGUGCUAUGGUACACCCGAAGUGAUCGAGAAUGCACUGUUGAAGAAAAUUGAUGAUUUUCGAAAACUGUCUAACAAAGACAAUCACAAACUAAGAGAACUGGGUGACAUUCUUCUCGAACUGGAGUGUGCUAAAGAAGAAGGGUACCUUCCAGGCCUCGCUUACUGGACACAUCUCGGGGGUAAACCCUAUAGUAGAAGAACUUCCAUUCAGUUUACAAGAGAAAUGGAUAGCACAGGGAUCCAAAUACAAGGAGGACUAUCGGGUAGCUUUCCCCACCAUUCUCGUUUUUACCAAGAUUCAUCAGGAACCAGGCGAAAACUAGAAACGACCCCAGCUUCCCCCUCUACACCUCAACUACCAGGUGUCUGUGAAAAGUGAGAAAUCUGUCAGGUACAGCAGCAAGACACCUGUGGCUGUACACAAAACAGACGUGUCAUCUGAGCCCUCAGACCACCAAACCAAACCCAGUAAGACAAAGGUUGAAAGCCCUGACCAUCACUGUCCAAUACAUAACAAGCCUCAUCCUCUUAAAAAGUGGUGUGGGUUUAGAUACAAAACUCUAGAUGAGCGCAAAUCAUAUCUCAAAGAGAAUGGCAUUUGCUUCCCAUGUUGUGGGUCAACUCAGCACAGAGCUAAAGACUGUAAGGUGUCAAUCAAGUGCUCUGAGUGUGACAGCGACAGACAUCUUGCUGCUCUGCAUCCAGGUCCAGCCCCUUCAACUACAGACACCGCUACAGCAGAGAAAGGGCAUGGCGGGGAGCAAGGUGAAGAUGCUCUUCUAUCAGUCACCUCAAGUGUACCGAGAUCUGUGGUGAGGCAGCCAAUCCAAGAUCAUGUUCAAACAUAUGCCUAGUCAAAUCUUAUCCAGCUGGGAAAAGAGAGAAAGCUGUCAAAAUGUAUGUAGUGCUUGAUGAACAUAGCAAACACAUCUCUGGGCCCAAAACAGAGUUUUUCAAUCUCUUCAAACAUCAAUGACAACUCUGCUCCAUACACCAUGAAUACCUGUUCUGGGGUAACAGAGACUUCAGGCAGGAGAGCCGUCAACUUCAUGGUGGAGUCUAUAGAAAGACACAAGAAGCUCACUCUCCCACUCUGAUAGAGUGUGACAUGAUGCCAAAACGAUAGAAUGGAGAUUCCCACCCCAGACAUUGCGCAUCAUCAUCCCCAUCUGCAACCAGUGGUGGACAAAAUUCCAGCUGUGGACCCAGACGCUCCCAUCCUCCUGCUCUUAGGAUGAGACAUCUUAAGGGUACACAAGGUACGAGAGCAAAUCAAUGGGCCCACGACACUCCUUAUGCACAGCGACUCGACCUUGGGUGGGUCAUCGUGGGUGAGGUUUAUCUGGGAACGGCUCGCCGACCAGCCAGUGUUAACGUGUUUAGGACAAACAUACUUCACAAUGGUCACACGUCCUAUCUGAGCCCUUGCCCUGACAUCAUCCAGGUGAAAGAGAACUACAGCAGCGUAGCUCAGCAACACAUCUCUCUCUCUACAGGCCACUCGUGAGAUCCAAGCACAACUGUGAACACAGACAGCCUGGGAUGUUCUGUGUUCGACAAAAACACAAGACGAUGAUAAACCAGCACCAUCUGUGGAAGACAAAGCCGCCUUGGACAUUAUGGACAAACAGGUUUUCCAGGAUGAUGGAAACAACUGGUGGCUCCACUACCCUUUCGCCCCACUAGACGUCGUCUUCCUAAUAACAGGGAGCAGGCCAUGAAGCGUCUCACAUCACUUCGUAGGACUUUAGACUAAAAGCCUGACAUGAAACUUCAUUUUAUUGACUUUCAUGCAAAAGAUGCUGUGAGCAGGAAUCACCACGAUUUACAGUCGAACUAGAGAUUCCCAAUCAGUGAAACAGGAGCCGGCACCAAAAACAAGGUAGGCACAGUUCCUACACCCGUUACCACUCAUUCUGACAUCUUGGGGAGAUGAGAGUCGUAGGCUGAACCAAUUAUAGGAUACGGACAUAGAAAGCCUGAGCUUCUUCAGUAGUCCCAUUGUAUUACGGGCCGGUCGUAGCUUUAUGGUACAUGGUAAGUCCCGGAAGGUAAGCCCGAGCAGGUUGGUACCUGUAGAGGGUAAGUCCUAGAGGGUUAAUCCCGGGUGGGAUUUGUUCCCUGCUAAACCUGUAACGAGAGGGUGAAAGUCUCAGCCGCAGUGUCCGUGAGGCAGUAUAAUGUGUGUGGGUGGAUAAAAGUGUUAUGCUAAUGUUAGGAUAAAAGGUUGCCUAUAAGUUCUGGAGAAGAGCCUCAUCCGUGGUUAGAAAAGGAUAUUCAAAUGUUGUUUGAACAUGAUUUGAGUGUAUUAGCAGUAGCAAUAAGGAGAGAGGUUGGUUAAUGGCCUAUUGGGGCAGGGAACAGUGACAGAGUUUGAGGAAACAGGAAGACAACUGUGAGUCAUUUUGGUAAUGUGUGUUAUCAACAACAGUGAUAUUUGAGGCGUAACACUGGAAUAAGACAUAAGAUCACCCGUAUUCUCCAGUAAUACAUUUGCAGACGCUAUAGUAUUGGUUCUAAUACAAGGUAUUAAGUGCGUGUGUCACGCCUGACUUAUGGAACUCUUGUAUGUUGAGUCAGGGGUGGAGAUCUAUGUUAUUAUUUCUAGUUUACAUUCUAGGUAUUGUGUUUCUAUGUUUGGCCGGGUGUGAUUCCCAAUCAGAGGCAGCUGUCGCUCGUUGUCUCUGAUUGGGGGUCAUACUUAAGUUGGCCUGUUUGCAAUCAUUAGUUGUGGGAUCUUGUUCCCUGUAUAGGCUUGUAUUGUGUUUAGCCUGAGGACUUCACGUUACGUUGUUUUGUUGUUUUGUUCGUGUGUUUAUUUUUAAUAAAUAAGCAUGUAUGGGAUUUCACGCUGCGCCUUGGUCUGACCCGUCCUUCAACGAACAAGACAGAAGAUCCCACCACCAAAAAUGGACCAAGCUGCGUGCCCAGGAGGAGCAAACACAUUGGACACAGGUGGUGAAGAUGUGGUCUUGGGAGGAUAUUUGCGGGGAAAGGACCAUGGGCGAAGGUAGAAGCCACAGGCAGGAGAGGAGAAACGGCGACCCAAAAGAACUCGGUCAGGAAGAAAACCCGAGAAGCAGCCCAAGAAAAAUGUUUGGGGGGGGGCACACGGGGUGGUUGGCGGAGCCUGGGUUCAGAGCAGAGCCAACUCCCCGUACUCACACUAGAAGCGUGUGACCGUGCAGGCUCCGUGUUAUGCGGAGCUACGCACUGUGUCGCCAGUGCGCCGGCACAGUCCAGUGCGUCCUGUGCUAGCGCCACGCACGUGCCGUGCGAAAAUGGGCAUCCAGCCAGGACGGGGUGUGCCGGCUCAACGAUCCUGGUCUCCAGUACGCCCCUUGGUCCAGCAUAUCCUGCGGCGGUUCUACGUACUGAAUCGCCAGCACGCGUGGGACAGUCCAGUGCGUCCUGUGCUAACGCCACACACGUACUGUGCGGAAGUGGGCAUCCAGCCAGGACGGGUUGUGCCAACUCUCCGCUCCAGACCUCCAGUCCGCCUCCACAGUCUGGUACGCCCAGUACCUGCUCCCCGCACCAAACCAGUGGUGCGCGUAUCCUGUCCGGUACGGCCCGUGCCAGCUCCUCACACCAAACCAGUGGUGCCUGUCGCCAGCCCGGUACGUCCCGUACCUGCUCCCGCACCAAGCCAGUGGUGCCUGUCGCCAGCCCGGUACGUCCCGUACCUGCUCCCCGCACCAAGCCAGUGGUGCGUGUUCCCAGUCCAGUACGGCCCGUCCCUGCUCCUCGCACCAAGCCAGUGGUGCGCGUCACCAGUCCGGCCCGGGCCGGGCUGGCGACGCGCACCACUGGCUUGGUGCGAGGAGCAGGAACAGGCCGGGCGGACUGUGGAGGCGACUGGAGGUCUAGAGCGGGAGCUGGCACAACCCGUCCUGGCUGGCUGCCCACUUUCGCACUACACGUGCGGGGUGCUGGACCAGGACGCACUGGGCUGUGCACUCGCACUGGCGAUACAGAUCGUAGAACUGGCGCAGGAUAUGCGGUACCGAGGAGGCGUACUGGAGACCAGGAGCUUUGAGCCGGCACACCCCGUCCUGGCUGGAUGCCCAUCUUCGCACGUCACGUGCGUGGUGCAAGCACAGGACGUAGAGGACUGUGCCGGAGCACUGGCGACACAGUACGUAGCUCCGCUAACACAGAGCUUGCCCAGUCAUACGCCUCUUCGGUGAGUACGGGGAGUUGGCUCUGCUCUAACCCUAGGCUCCGCCAACCACCCAGUGUGCCCCCCCAAUUUUUUUUAUUGGGGCUGCUUCUCGGGCUUCCUCCUCGACCGGCCUCCUCCGUGUUGCCGUUGCUCCUCUCCUGCCUGGGCAUCUAACUUAGCCCAUGGUCCUUUCCCCGCAAAUAUCUCCUCCCAUGACCACAAAUUGGCCACCUGUGACAUGGCCAUCUGCUCCGCCUGGGCACGCUGCUUGGUCCGUGUUUGGUGGGAUCUUCUGUCAUGUUCGUUGAAUGACGGGACAGACCAAGGCGCAGCGUGAUAUACGUACAUGUUUAUUAACGUAAUAAACACUUGACAAAACAAUAACCGAAACGAAAAAGUGAAGUCCAAGGUAGUACACACAACAUACCUUACAAGGAACAAGAUCCCACAACCCACUAGUGCCAAUAGGCUGCCUAAGUAUGAUCCCAAAUCAGAGACAACAGGGUACAUCUGCCCCUGAUUGGGAACCACACCGGCCAACAUAGAUCUAACAUAAUAGAUCGAAACAUAGAAACACACAACAAAGAAAAUACACACCCUGACUCAACAUUUAAGCGUCCCGAGUCAGGGCGUGACAAAUGCAUUCUUAGUCUAAUCACUAUAAUUAGCAGUGUAUAAUACCCCUCAAUUCAACAUACUACCUCAACUAACACUCCCUUCCUCUACCGGCACUCAAUCUUCUGGCGUCCUCCUUAUGUUCUUCAGAUAGCUUCAUAGUUAUAUUGGAUUGCCAUGGCAAUGUCCCAAUUCCAAUGUCCACCUGACCGCCCACUCCACUUCAUUUGUUUUGUCCCUUUUGUUAAUCAGUAUACCCAAAUUGAGAAAAGUUUAUUGAAAAUACUCUUCCCCUCACUCCAAUGGAAUUUUCACAUUCUCGAGAGAAAAACCUAAAAGAAAAAAGGGAUUUGAUUUUGUAGUGCUUGUUGGUUCCUGACUUCUAAACUUGAAAUAUGAAUUUACUUAUUCAUGUCACUGAAGAGAGUUAGGUGAAUGUAUAACUUUACAUCUUGCAGGAUGUUAUUGUUAGCCAUCAGGGAUCCUACGGGAGGUGAAAGACACAUUCUGGUACAAGUCAACAUGACAGCCGUGACGUUGGGGAGGAGUGAGCAAUUUGGGCAGAAGUAACAGAAUAUUUUUAUUAUAGUGGUUAAGAUUGACUUUCAUGUGUUUCCAUUGGUGUUUAUUCGUCCCCUAGUGGAGCUUCUGGUACUAGAAGAAUUACAAAAACCGAAGUAGGGUAUUCAUUCUUCAUGCAGAAGCAGCUUGUAAUAACGGCUACCGUUCUUUCUGUGGCAAUAUUUCUUGUCACGGCUUCAGCCUCUGAAAAUAUUUAUUUGUAAGUUCAUUUCAAGUAUAUUGCCUGAGUGGAUGAUAAGAUUGUUAUUGAGAAUUCUUACUUUUAUCAUGUUAGUUUGGGUUACAUUUUUUAACGCACGCAAACUUGCUUGACUCUUUCAAUGGAUGGCCAUCAGCUGAUUAGUUUUGGCUCGUGCGUCAUGUAAGUGAAUUGUAAAACAUACUAUACUAUAGUUUUUUACUGUUUCUGGGUAAUAAUUCUUUUUAUUGUAUUUAAAAAUAAAAGCAUCUAAAAACAGAGGGGUGUUUGCACAUUAUUAGAGUAAUGAAAGUAGUUGGCUAGUUGCUACUCAUGAUGGUAAUUAUCUAUCUGGUUUGUCGUCAUGUCAUAUACAUGUCCGUUUUGGCACUGCUUUGUAUUUAUGCCCACUUCAACUAAAUGUAUAUGUAACACUACAACACUAUUCUUAAUUGGAUACUAAAGUAUAGUACCUUUCUGUAUUUUGCAGUUACACAAAUAAACGUUUUCAAAGAAAGUCACGCCUUGGAAAUUUUUAUUAUUGAAGACUCAUUUUGUUAGCGACUGCUUUUUGCAUGGGAACGCAAUUCCAGUGGCAGAAUAGGAAAAAACAUCAUCACGGCGGCUCAAGCACACAAGAAUUAUCGCACGGGUGGUUUAUGACUCUAUCGUUCAUUAGCAACAAAGCCUCUGAUUCCUAGGGAUGACCAGCAGUCAACGAUGCCAGCAACCAGAAGGCAAAUUUUCGACGACAGAAAGAGGAAGAGUAUGAGGAGCGAGUAAGAGAUGAGAGCCUCCUCAGCACAUUGAGACCAUCUCCGUCUACCAAUCAAGGUCAUCAAAACAGUCAAGCGAUCCUCAACGGCGAGUCUGCAGCCAUCAAUAGUUCACGUGCCAAGAGGACUCCAACUCAGCGCGUGCUCAAGUCUCCUAUGAUGCUGAAAAGAAUCUUCUGUGAUGAACACAAGGCAUAA